AACAUAAAGGAUAAUCUCAGAGGUAGAAUCAUAAGAUAUGUAUGCUCUUAUGUAAGAUAUGCAAUAAUCAAGUUAGAAAUAUUCCUUUUUCCUUGACUCAAUCACUGUUACAAUCAAUACACACACACACACACACACACACACACACACAGAGAGAGGGGGGGAGAGAGAGAAAGAGAGAGAGAGGAGUGAUUUCAGGUCCUAUUUGGAGAAAUAGUCUCUUCCUGUUUCUAGUUAGUUCUUUAUUCAUCAUGCCUGUGUUUGAAUAUCUGAUCUAUCAGCCUACCACCAGGGUUGAUGUUUAUCAUGAUGCUAUCCCUCUAUGCUGACUCUGAUAGACUUUUACCACUCUAAAAAAUUUCUACUCUAAGUUGAUUUGGUCAUGGUGUUUUAUUAUAGCCACAGAGAUAUAGUAACAUCCUUUAUUAUUAUUUUUGAAUAUUGGGUCAUAUCUGGAGGCAGGAAUGAAGAGUGGUCAUAGAUUGAAGACAGAAUGCAAGAAAUGUAGACUUCUUAUCUCUUUCUAUCUGUAUAAUGUAUGCUUAUGAAAACAACUCAUGGGUCAGUAGAAUUGGUAGCAGGAGCUUAUUUUUCUGUAACUUAAUGAGUAGUUCAAAAAUUCUAAAGCAUGCCAAUAUUGGUGCGCAUUACUUUUGAGAUACAGGUUUACUAUGAUCUUUCUAAUACAUUUUUCCUAGGUAUGAAUAACUUCUCGAGAAAAUGGCAUGCCUUAUUCAUUUGCAGAUGUUUCAAUAUUCAUUGGAGAGACUGGAAGUUUUAGGAAUAAUGGACAAGAAGAAUGUAAUAAAAGUGUAUGAAGAAAUGAACUACUAGUGCAGUUUACAUAAUAAAUGAGGCAUCUAAAAAAUAUUAAAUCACUAGUUCACAAGCUUCAAAUAUGUCAAAUUUAGUGACAUUAUUUUAGAAAAUACAUUUAAUAUAUCAUCUCAAAGAAUUUAUGAAUACUACAUAAAAAUUCUUCUAUAAUUACCAUACUCACCAUACAUUAAAUGAUACUGUACCAUUACUCAUAAAAAUUCAGUUAAUUCUCAUCUCUUCUUUUGUGUAAUAUUUAGCAGAAAUAUGGAACAUUCAAACCAAUCAUGUAUUUCUGAAUUCUUUCUCAUUGGACUGACUUAUGCUCCAGACUUUGAGUCAAUUAUUUUCACCUUGUUCCUGUCUAUGUAUUUUGUUACUAUCUUUGGAAACAUUCUCAUUAUCCUGGCUGUAAGCUUUGACUCCCACCUCCAUACUCCAAUGUACUUCUUCAUCGCCAGUCUGUCCUUUACUGACAUCUGUAUAAGCACAACAAUAAUUCCAAAGUUGCUAGUGAACAUUCAAACACAGGAUCAAAGCAUCAGCUACACAGGUUGCCUGUCACAGGUUUGUUUUGUUUUCAUUUUUGGUGGCUUAGAAAGUUGUCUCCUCGCUGUCAUGGCCUAUGACUGCUAUGUGGCCAUAGGUCAUCCGCUGAGGUACACAGUUAUCAUGAAACCUUUCCUCUGUGUGUUACUAGUUUUUCUAUCACUAUUGAUCAGUACCAUGCAUGCACUACUGCAUAGUCUGAUGUUGCUAAAUCUGACUUUCUGCACAGACCAGAAUAUCCUCCACAUCUUCUGUGAACUCGUUCAAGUCAUUAAACUUGCCUGCUCUGAUACUUUCAUCAAUACCCUCCUUAUAUAUACAGUUACUAGUGUGUUCGUCGGUGUUCCUCUUUCUGGGAUUAUUUUCUCUUAUAUUCAAAUUGUGUCCUCCAUUCUAAAGAUCUCAUCGGUCCAGGGACAGAAAAAAGCAUUUUCUACCUGUGGCUCUCAUCUCACAGUAGUGUGCUUAUUCUAUGGAACAGCAUUUGGAGUAUAUAUGAAUUCUGCUGUUUCUGAAUCUCCUUCAAAGAAUGUAAUCUUUUCUAUGAUGUACAUUGUGGUCCCUCAAAUAUUAAACCCUUUUAUAUACAGUUUGAGGAAUAGAGAAGUCAAGCAAGCCAUGAGGCACCUCAUCUUUUCUGUAGUCUUAUAAUCUCCAUGAGUUGAGUUUACAGAAACAUGUAGAAAUAGAAAACCUCUGGUGAGCUAGCAUAACUAAUUCCUUCAUCAUUAAGUGCUUCAAAAAUGACUGAUCAUAAAUUGUUUUAGCACAUUUCUAUGUGGUUAUUAAGUAUGGUAGUGGUUAUUAUCUUCAAGUAUUGUGAUGUUACACAAAAUUUAAUUCAUUAUUCAUUUCAUUUCUGUGACUUCUCUGAGGCAGAGACAAAUAAAGUGUAC